UAGAGGUAGAACGAAGCAGAAGCAGCGUUCUCGUUAUCAUUUAAGCCAUGGAUGUCGAGACGCAGUCAUGGAUCGAGAACUCGGCGCGGAGCAUCUGCGCGACCUGCAAAUCCAUUCCGUUUGACCGUCUACCGUCCGAGGAGGAGCCUGCGUAUCCCCACCAUGAGUCGCUAGCUAAUCUGGAGGCAUCUGCUCGCAGAUGUCGACUCUGUCAGCUCUUGCAUCACUCGAUCAAGGACCUCCAGGCAUGCAUCGACGACGAGACAUCCGAGGGCGUAUUUGCUGCCGAUGCUGCGGUGUCGGCUGCGGCCGAGGAGAACAACUAUGAAAGAGCAUCUGUUUGCUUUCUGCAGGACACUCAGCGUUGGCAGUCGCUGCGUGUCUUCGCCGAUGGCAAGUUGGAGGCGACAGAUCUUGGAAAGCGUCUGAUGGAGAACCCUGGUACACUUGAGCUUGCAAAAUAUGGAAUAUCUACCGCCCCUCCGACAAAAGAAGCCAGCCCCGCCCACGACAAAGCUCGUCCCUGGCUGUACGGUAACUGGUAUCUUUUGGCUCAGCCGGAAUCGCGGCUCCUGGACGCAACGUUCAAGUUGCAGUUAGUGGGGAUUGGAGUCCGCAUCUCCAAGCUACCCUUCAUGCACGAUUGCAAAACCUACGGGAGGAGGGCAACGCAUCUGAGAGGCAGCUCUCUACGUGUGUUUACCGACGAAGCUGAUCCUGCGGCAAGGCAUGUUCCUGGGAGGCUGCGAGAAAUGUUUCCUGCAUCCAGGAAGGCCUUCGAGCGUCUCGGCAAGUGGAUAGAGAACUGCAGUCACUUCCACGACUGCGUCUCUCCAACCCCUCCGUCUAUGCCAACGCGCGUCCUGGAUCUUGGGAGUGACUGCAUGAGCUCCCAAACGAUUAAGCUUUUAGACACACAUGGUCGAUCAGGGAGAUACGUCGCUUUGAGCCACUCAUGGGGAAGAACGAACUAUCCGUUCACGACGACAAGGGUAAACUUGCAGUCUCGUCAAACCAGGAUUCGGCCCGAUGAGCUCCCACCGACCUUCUUCGAUGCAGUACGGGUCUGCUGGCAGCUCGGGGUCCGCUAUCUCUGGAUAGACUCGCUUUGUAUCAUACAGGAUGACCCGUCAGAUUGGGACAACGAAGCCCCACGCAUGUCGGAUGUUUACUCACACGCAUGGCUCACCAUCUCCGCAUUGACAGGCCUAGGCUCUGAUGCGGGGAUCUUCCCGCGUAUGCGCAUGUUCGAAUACAUCUCAAUGGACAAUCACUCGACUGGGUUCACAAGCACACGCGAUUUCCGCGAUUUUGCUGAAGUAUACACCAACUUGUCAUUUCGUCAAACGUCUAAGCUAUGGUUUGGACGAGAGUGGCUGCCCGCUUCCAGCGCGAACCGGCCUCGCGUGUACUCGAUUGGAAAUUAUGGUGAACAGCAUGAUCCUCUGCUGCUGGAACCGUUAUCUUCGAGGGCAUGGACACUGCAAGAGAGGCUUCUAGCACGGAGGACAGUCCAUUACGGAAAAGAACAAAUGUACUGGCAGUGUUGUACUUGCUUUGAAUCAGAGGAUGGCACCAGGUUUGACCCAAGAACAUUCUCCCUUGACUCAAUUCUUGAGCAACAACGCGAGAAGCUCGAUGUCGAGACCCCGUACAUCUCGUUCAAGCGAGUAUUCGAGCCUAAUCAGCAGCAAAGCCCUGGCCGAAGGAAGGGCGGAUGGCUUGAAGUAGUCAUGGGCUAUACAAUGCGUCGACUAACAUACGCAGCCGACAAACUACCGGCUCUGUCGGGAGUUGCAAAGCAGCUUGCAUCUCAAACAGGCGAUACAUAUCUAGCGGGGCUAUGGAAGAGCCAUUUGUUUGAGGAACUGUGUUGGAGAGUUCUCACACCGGCUGAUCUCUCUGCAUACUACAAACUUUGGGGAAUCAGGGAGGAAGCUCGAGUCACGAAACCUGCUUAUCGGGCUCCGACGUGGUCUUGGGCUGCGAUUGAUGCUCCGGUUGACUUUCCGGUUGUCCAGCAGAAGUUUCUGGCGGCACAGCUUGUGGAUUUUAAGAUUACGACAGGCGCUGAUCCAUUCGGCCGCGUUACUGAUGGCUAUAUUGUCCUUCGGGCUCCGAUGUUUGACGUGCAGCCCAGAAGUUUGGGCGAGCACCCUGACUGGCCUGAUCAAGAGGAGCAGGCCACCGACUCGCUUCUUGAAGAAGGCCUGAAGGAGGACUGGCCCGACUGUACCGCGGUGAAGAUCAUGCUCCCAGACCGUGGUGGCGAGGUUUCGUGCGGGCUCGCCGCUUUCGACCAUGGGCCUGUGUUUCCCUGCCAUGCACUCUUUAUUGACUCGUCCAAGUCGCUUCUGCUAAAGGCGUCGUCGGAGCGUGAUGGCUAUGAGCGAGUCGGCCUGGCACGGUUUGCAUGGUCAUGGCCCCAGGUCUUGGAAUUUCUCACACCAUCGGGUCAGGACCCUGAGGAAUGUUUGAUCACGUCGAACAAGGACCCAUCUGGUCCAAUAAGGCCACAUCAUAAGCGCUCUGAAGUGGUUAUAUACUAGAACACUAUCAGGUAAAGAUCUAGACCUUUGCAUUGGGAGU